AUGGAGUGGGCGACGGACGUGGUGAACGGCCUGGCGGCAAUAGUGGUGGUCGCUGCUGAGGCAGCUUGUCAAAUUGCAGUGGAGCGUCGCUGGGAGCUGGCGUGGCUCACUGCUGGAGCAGUGUCGUGGACGGUUACGGGGCCUCUGCGAAGCAUCGGCUCACGGAUCGCCGCUGCGUUCGUCGACUUCGCCCUGAAGUGGAGCGUGCUGGCCAAGUUAUGCGUCAUGCGCUACUGCAGGUAUGUCCGUGGGCCUGCCGUGCAAAUGCAGCCGCUCCGAACUCGCGUGUGGAAGUGUUACGAGGCCCUGCUGGCCACCCCGUUGGUUGUGCUGGAGUCCAAGGGCGAGCAUGAAGACGGGCUGGGGAGGUUGCUCUACAAGUGGCUUGACGCCCUCCACGAGUGGUGGUGCGUCUUCUUGCCUGAGACUUGGGCGUCGGGACGGAAGGCGUGCUCCAAGUACUGCACGGGCGCGAGUCUGGAGUCUGGCCGUUCGGUCGCCCGUGCCAAGCUUGUCGCCAAGGUGGUAUGGACGCUGACGUCCCUGAUCCUGUUCUCGGCGUUCUACGCCGUGUUGUUCACCUACGAAGUCGUCGAGUGGAUCUGCCAGGGCGUGGCCGGCGUGUUCGCUGUAGUCGUGGUCUUUGAUUGCUGGUUCGCCCCCGAGGAGGGCGAGCAUGCAAUAGUGACUAACUACUGGUUGCUGGUGGUGAAUGUUUGGGUUGCGCUGGUAUGCAUAACCAGUAAGUUGUGGAGGUUGUACGAGGCGUCGGCGGGCGAGCGUUCGCCGCUGACUAUGGCCACGGAGGGCUACGCUGUGUGGUGCGCGACUCUCGAGGAGCAGGAGCAGGCUGAGCGUCUAAGUGAGGCAUUUUGGAGGAUGGACGGCGGGGGCAAUGCGCCGAGAGUGCAGGUGCGGACGCGAAGUGGAUUGCAGGCCAAACGAAGGGCCUGGCAAGCAAGGAGAGAAGUGGAUCAAGCUGCGUGCGCUCGGCGAGGAUGCCCCGAGUCGGAACGGCUCGGACCGUUCCAACUCUGCGUGGGCGACGAUGAGUGCCUGAGGUCGUCCACCUGCUGUGGCCGCGGGCGAGAAGUAGUGCCGUGGGCCGGGUUGUCUCGAAGGUGGAGACCCGUGGGCCGCUACCCAGAGGUAUCUUGGAGGGAUGAUGUGCCUCGCAGUGUCGUGGCGGGACUUCGGGGACGGAUGGCAUGUUGGGCGGCUUUGAGGGCCGUCAAGGUGAACGGAUCAAGUCUUUGGGAGGGGUGA